UGCAGCAACGCCCCAAAUUGCGGGCCGCAAUCAGACCCUUCUCAGUGUAUCUUGUGAUCCUGAGACAACGACUUGUCAAGGUUCGGCCGAGUGAAGAAAACCGAGUGUGUACGGAAAUCACCGAAAGACAUACGGAUAUAACUGGGUUUAGUGCGUAGAUUUGAUAGUGCUCGGUCUUCUGUGGACAGACGGGUUGGACGUCCAAAAUUCGUGCUUAAAGUGAAAGAACUUACCAUCCAGUUGGUCUAUCAAAGACAGAAUAUGAAGUGUCUUAAAAUAUUGUAUAUAACCAUCGCGCUGUUGAUAGCGCACAGCUCUGCUAUUAUAAGAAUUCCCCUCCACAAGACGCGCAGUAUGCGCCGCCUGAUGAAUGACAAUGGGAGGAGUUUUGAACAACUCCAGGACAUGGCCAAGACCGUUGGUGGUGCAGGAGCUAACAUACCAAUAAACACUCAGAGCCCGAAAGUGCCAGUUGAGAGACUCACCAACUUCAUGGAUGCUCAGUACUAUGGGGUGAUCAGCAUAGGCACACCACCCCAGGAUUUUACUGUGCUGUUUGACACUGGCUCCUCCAACCUGUGGGUGCCCUCCAUUCACUGCUCCUUCCUGGAUGUCGCAUGCUGGCUCCACCAUCGUUAUAACUCCAAGAAGUCGAGCACCUACGUUCAGAAUGGCACCAAGUUCUCCAUCCAGUAUGGCAGAGGCAGCUUGUCUGGGUUCAUCAGUGGGGACACCGUCUCUUUGGCCGGCAUGCAGGUCACUGGUCAACAGUUUGGUGAGGCCGUAAAGCAACCUGGCAUCACGUUUGCAGUGGCACGCUUUGACGGGGUGCUGGGCAUGGGCUACCCUACCAUAUCUGUCAGAAAUAUAACCCCUGUGUUUGACACCGCCAUGGCUGCCAAGCUGUUGCCUCAGAACAUAUUUUCCUUCUAUAUUAGCAGAGAUCCAUCGGCUGCUGUAGGAGGAGAGCUGAUGCUGGGAGGCACGGACCCACUGUACUACACUGGAGACCUGCACUAUGUCAACGUCACACGCAAGGCCUAUUGGCAGAUCGAGAUGAACAAUGUGGAAGUGGGCAACCAGCUGACGCUGUGCAAGGCCGGUUGCCAGGCGAUUGUUGACACGGGAACAUCCCUCAUCAUCGGGCCUGUAGAGGAGGUCAGGGCGCUGCACAAGGCCAUCGGAGCCUUGCCUCUACUGAUGGGAGAGUAUUGGAUUGACUGUAAGAAGGUUCCAUCUCUUCCCAUCAUUGCAUUCAACCUAGGAGGGAAGAUGUUCAACUUGACUGGAGAUGACUAUAUCCUGAAGGAGUCCCAGAUGGGUCUAAAAAUCUGUCUGUCAGGCUUCAUGGCAAUGGACAUCCCUCCUCCGGCUGGACCACUGUGGAUCCUGGGAGAUGUGUUCAUUGGACGCUACUACAGCGUGUUUGACAGGGACGCAGACCGCAUGGGGUUCGCCCCUGCAAAGUAGAAGGGAGAAAAAACAGCCCCUAGCCAGUUGUGGAGAUUUGAGUAUAAGAAAUAUGGUGGGCUUAGGAAACCAAUGUGUGCAAGGUGGAACUAGUACCUAUUAAAUCCCCACAGAUCAUGCUGUAUUAGGAGGAAAAGCACACCACCAAAAUGAACAAACUCCAAAGGGGUACCUUUGCUUCUUGUGGGCCCUUUUUUGGGGGGGGGGGGGGGGGGUUAAAAUGUUAUUUUAAGACCAAUAAGUGUUUGAGUUCGGUGAAUGAUUAAUAAAUAGUUGCAGAACGAGACUGAUAUGAGCUGCUGUAGGCAGUUCAGCUUGGUGUUUUGUAUGAAGACAAAGUGAUGCAACUAGGCAGAAAAGAUACACUAUCUCCUCUGACAACGCAACCACUUUGUUUUUGGAAAGCAGAUUACUGAAUGCAUGUUUUUACUCAAAAUACAUUUCCUUUGUAGAUGAAGCAGAAGACAAAACUGAUGUCCAGUGAAUUUAACUAUGUACCAGGGUCCAGUAAUACUAUCAAGGGUUGUGAAACAAUGUCGUCAUGUGUACACGUACUCUUGUAUGUCAACCCCAAGACCGUAAUGCUUCUGUUAUAGCCUAAAAAUGUAUGCAUUACAGCAUCAAGUGAUUCUAACCGAUUGAAAUAAGUGAAUUUUAUUAAUUAAAAAAAAGCCUUUUCCAGAAUGAA